UAUGGACUCUUAAGCCCAAUCUACUUCGUCUCUCUCAUCAUCUCUUUCUUUCUCUCUCUCUGGGGUCUGGUCGGCGGCAAUGGCCUUAGAAACGUACUUUUCAGAAAAGUCAUCGGAAAAGGUUUAUCCUGAUGUACUGUUACAGGCAAGACAAGCUUGCUACAAGGCUCGUGAUGCAUUUUAUCUGUGCUUGGAAAAUACAUCUGAGAAGAAACAAACUGAAAUCGCGACCGUGGGUUUGCUUUACCCAACUGACUGCAAGAACUCCAGGGAUGAAUUCGUGAAACAAUGUCGUUCAACUUGGGUCAAGCAUUUCGACAGGGAGUAUUGUGCUAAGAAACGGCGACAGAGGUUCUUGGAUGACAGUGAUUCAAGAAGAGGGGUAUAAGGCAUGUCCCUUGAAGAAUAAUAAGAUCAUCUCAUCCUUUUAUUAUAUACGGGCACUGGAUAGCAAUGUUAAGGGAAAGAUUGGUGAUCAAAAAGCAGUUUCAUGGUUGCAUUAGGUUUAGGAUGAUGAGAG